CCGACCUGCUGGUCAACACGCUGUGCCUGCCCUUCACCCUGGUCUACACGCUGCAGGGGGAGUGGAAGUUCGGCAGCACCCUCUGCUUCCUGCUGCCGUUCGCCCAGGGCCUGGCCGUGCACGUGUCCACGCUCACGCUCAACGUCAUCGCCCUGGACCGCCACAG